CCCUCCCCCUUGGCGGGCGCUCACAGGCCGCGCGGGCAGCGCGAGCCCCCGAGCCCCGGCGGCCUGUGCGCCCCGAGCCGGCAUGGACCCCGAGCGCUGCGCGCCUUUCGGCGUGGGGCCCGACUCCGGCCCCUACGCGGCCGCCGGAGACGAGCCUCCUGGCCCGCAGAGAACCCCGGCCGCCGCGCCUCACCUGCACCCCGCGCCACCCCGCGGCCCGCGGCUGACCCGCUUUCCGGCCUGCGGGCCCCUGGAGCCCUACCUUCCGGAGCCGGCCAAGCCGCCCGCCAAGUACCUGCAGGACCUCGGGCCCGGCCCGGCGCUCAACGGCGGCCACUUCUACGAGGGCCCCGCGGAAGCUGAAGAGAAGGCCUCCAAAGCUGCCAGCUUCCCCCAGCUGCCCUUGGACUGCCGCGGGGGCCCCAGAGACGGGCCCUCUAACUUGCCGGGCUCCCCAGGGCCCUGCCUGGCCAGCCUGCGUGUCCCUCUGUCCCCGGGACUCCCUGACUCCAUGGAGUUGGCCAAGAACAAGAGCAAGAAGCGCCGUAACCGCACGACGUUCAGCACGUUCCAGCUGGAGGAGCUGGAGAAAGUCUUCCAGAAGACCCACUACCCUGAUGUGUAUGCCCGGGAACAGCUGGCUCUGCGCACGGACCUAACCGAGGCCCGGGUACAGGUCUGGUUUCAGAACCGCAGAGCCAAGUGGCGGAAGCGCGAGCGUUAUGGGAAGAUCCAGGAGGGACGGAACCCCUUCACGUCUGCCUAUGACAUCUCUGUGCUGCCUCGAACCGACAGCCAUCCCCAGCUGCAGAAUGCGCUGUGGCCCAGUCCAGGGUCUGGGAGCCCCGGGGGCCCCUGCCUCGUGUCUCCAGAGGGCAUCCCCUCCCCGUGCAUGUCCCCAUACCCCCACUCGCAUGGGAACGUGGCUGGCUUCAUGGGGGUGCCGGCCUCUCCCGGAGCCCCCCCGAGCAUCUACUCCAUCCACAGCUUUUCCCCUGCCUUAGGGGCCCACAGCUUUGAGCCCUCCCCAGAUGGCGACUAUAAGUCUCCAAGCCUCAUCUCACUCAGGGUGAAGCCCAAGGAGCCGCCCAACCUGCUGAACUGGACCACGUGAUCUGUCGCGUGGAACCGCACUUCGAGCUGCCCAACCCCAUUUCCGUUCCCGGCUGCUCCCACCCCACCCCGGCCUGGAUGCCAGAGAGGACACAUCUCUGCUCCAAGUCCCAGAUGGCUCCUGGAGGCCCUGCCAGAGCACUGGGACCCUCAGGCUUCCGGAGGGAAGAAGCUAUGGAGUCUUUUAGAAUAAGGUGGGGCUGCCCAGGUGAGAGGGGGCUUCAAAGCAGGUAGGACGCCUCCUACCACACACUGGGCCUUCUCACCCAGACUCUGGGCUGGAGGGAAGAAGAUGCUGCCCUGCUUCCUUCAGACUGGGUCUGACUCUGUCAUCCUUCCAGCUGACACCGCUUAACUGGCUCCUCAUUCUGGGAGAGCAGGAAAAUAGGAGGAAGGAGACACAGGCUGAACUAGGAGCUCCUUGCCACUUAGGGGAAAGCAGAGUCUAGACGGCCAAGGGCCGGCCUCACUUCCCCCUCCCACCACAAGGGGGCGCACACCCAGUGUCUGUGCGGACAAGCCCUGGAAACUGGAGGUCCAGGUGUGAGACCCCCUUCUCCCCUUCUCUGCCAUUUCUACUCCUGGACUGUGCCCCUUCCCACAACAUGUUCUGGAGUCCCCUUCCCCUCCAAGGGGCAGAAAUACACCAGAAACCACCCAAUGUUUGGAUUCUCUUCCAUAGGAUCAGGCCAGAGCUAUGCCAUGGAAACCAUAGGCUCCCUUGGUUCACUUAUUGGAUGUUGGAAAGAAUAAAACAGAUUUCCACGGACUCAGCCCCUGAGUUUCCAACCCCCACUUUUGUAAAGAUACUUUUGUCAGAACUGUGCUGCCCAGCAUAGAAAUAAAAGUGGCAGUAUUUUUUAUACCA